AUGCAAGAAUUACUUCUUGCCUUGAAAAAAGGCCAACAAGAACUUCAGAAGGAGCAAGAAAAAAUACGUCUAGAAAUUUCCGAUAUGCACAAAAACAUGAAUAGCCAAACAAAUCUAGAGCCAACUCCAGUCCAUGAUAAUAUUGGUGGACCAGUUCUAAGACCAGUUCCAAAUAUAAAGGCCAUAACUCUGAGACAUAUAUGCAAAAUGAUGGGCCAAGAUCUUGGGGACCAAAUCCAAGCUGGAGCUUCAUAUCCCAAGAAGACAAGAGCUACAUGUGCACCAGGCAUGCACUUUUACUCAAAAGACACAGCAUAG